ACAAACAGUGCAAUAAAACUUCUAAUUUACAUCGCCAAUUGAAAAAUCCUUUCCUGUUCUACUGUUAAACCUGUGUUACAUACUAAAAUGAAAAAUAACAUGUGAUUAAUUCGAAAACUGCUGUGUGUGGAUUUUAUACACGUCAUCAAUCGAUUUAAUAACAUAUUGAUCAUUGCAUGUGAAAGAACAUUGGUUAUUUACGUUUAAAAAUUUAAGAAAGAAAGAAAAACAAGAUGAUAAAUUUUGUUUUCAGUUGACCCUUUACUUUUUAGUUUUUACGUGCCUUGACAGUCACGUUCAUACUUCGUGAUCGGCCAUUGUUUGUUGUUGUUUUAUUGGAUUUGACGUUAGUUCGUCUGCAAACACACAAGUUUUAGUUGAAAUAGAUAGUAGAAAACCACCAUGGUGAAACUGACAGCUGGCGCACGCGUAGAAUUAUAUAAAGCUGUUGCUCAACUCAGCAAAGUAGAACUUGCAAUGAACUAGUUUCGGUUAACUCACUAUAUCGUCGCAACAAAAAAUAUCUGAAAUGGCUACUGGCGGACCGUCAAGACGACGAUCAAACCCUGCUAAAGGUGAACUGAGUGAUGAUCAGAUGAAUAGUAUUUAUGAAGCCUUUGCUGUAUUUGAUGUAGAAAAAAGUGGCAAAAUUGCAUCCCAAAACCUCAAGCUGGCAAUGAGAGCACUUGGUUUCGAACCCCGAAGAGAGGAGAUAAAAAAGAUUAUCAGUGAAUAUGUCAAAGAUGAAUCUGAUUACAUUACUUUAGAACAAUUUGUGAGUCUCAUGACAGAGAAGAUAGCUGACAAGGGAGCAAAGGAAGAAAUUUUCAAGGCUUUUUGCCUUUUUGAUGACGACCAUACUGGAAAAAUCACAUUCAAGAACCUCAAACGUGUAGCUGAGGAACUUGGAGAAACUCUCAGUGAAGAAGAACUUAGAGAGAUGAUUACAGAAGCAGAUCAAGACAAUGAUGGAGAAAUUAACCAAGAUGAAUUCUUAAGAAUCAUGAAAAAGACAUGUCUUUACUGAAUACCAGAAUGAUCUAGAAAUGCCAAAUUUGUCUUGCUAUCAGCAGUAUCUGUACAAUCAGCUAUGUACAAUCUAUUGUUCCCACUUUGGAUACUUUGUGUAUUUAUUUACUGUAUUUGUAUUAAGAUUUGAUGGGAAAAAAGUGUAAUUUUCGUUGAUAAAACCGCGUUUAUUGUAA